CCGCCAUUUUAGGUUUCGGCGCGCGGCGUGUUGGGUUGAGUUUAGAGCAGGUCGGGUUCGGUUCUUGUUGUUCUCGGUUCUGUGAUAUUUCAGCUUUAUCCGUGUGAAAGGUGAGUAAAGCAGUGAGAAGUGAAGAUAAGGAUGAGUUACGGCAGACCUCCGCCCGAUGUUGAGGGCAUGACCUCGCUGAAAGUGGAUAAUCUGACUUACCGAACCUCGCCCGAGACUCUGCGGCGCGUUUUCGAGAAGUACGGCCGCGUCGGAGACGUGUACAUCCCGCGAGACCGCUACACCAAGGAGAGCCGCGGCUUCGCCUUCGUGCGCUUCCACGACAAGCGGGACGCCGAGGACGCGAUGGACGCCAUGGACGGCGCGCUGCUGGACGGACGGGAGCUGCGCGUCCAAAUGGCGCGUUACGGCCGACCCCCGGACUCGCACUACGGCCGCCGCGGAGGACCCCCGCGCAGAUACGGCGGCUACGGACGGAGGAGUCGGAGUCGCAGUCCCCGGCGCAGGAGACACAGCCGGUCCCGCAGCAGGAGUCGCUCUCGCUCCAGAAGCAGGUCUCGCUACAGCCGCUCCAGAUCCAGGUCCUACUCUCGGUCUCGCUCCCGCUCCAAGAGCCGCACACCCCGCAGGAGCAAAUCCAAAUCCCCUUCCAGGUCCCGGUCCAGAUCCAAGUCCAAGUCUCCUUCCAGGAGCCGCAGUCCCCGCUCAAACAGAGCGUCCAAAUCCAAGUCAAGGUCCCGGUCCAGGAGCAGACCCAAAUCCCCUGAGGCCAACGGAACCGCUCAGGACUCAUGAGCCCGAGUUCAGAUGAUGUCAGAUGAAUGAGUCUUCAUUCCGAGGAUCACAUCGAAAGAAAGUCCAUCUGAGGAUUUCUAAACUCACCGUAUCAGACCAAAAGGUUGUUGCAAACUUGGUCUACAUCUUUUAAUUAAAAAAAAAAUUCUUUUUGCCUUUUCAGUUGACCAGAAUUUUCUGUACCGUAUGUUGAAAUGAAUAUUUGCGCUUAAGUGGGAUUCUUAGGUGGAAUUUUUUUCCUUCAUUUUUUUGCUAGUUUGUGCAUUUUUGUUUAGUACCUCAUGUAAGUAAUCUCCAGCCAAUAAAGUAAGUUCAUUUUAUUCAUUCAUUACGUCUUUUCUUUCAUGCAGUGUGUACUCAAAUCUGUAAUGUGAUAAUAAAGCUGUUUUUUUUUUCUUUUUCCUUUAAUCUCUGUACGUAAACUGGCCAGAUGUUUAGCCUGAACACAAACAUACGAGUGUAAUAAAAAUUUGGACAAAUGCUUUUCACAUGAUUGAUUACGUUCUCUACUUGAGUUUGGAUUUUUUUUUUUUAAACUUGCCUGCGAAUUUGGCAGAUCUGUGAUUUUUCUAAUGCUCUCCCUUGUAUCUUUUGUGCACUAGGCGCAGUUGCGCAGCAGUUGAGUAUUGCUGGUUAGCUGUUAAGGUGGCGUGUUGCAGUGCAGAGUGCUUGGCUGUUUCCAGUAUUCUCCUGAUUGCUCCCGUGUAACACCUUGAUUUGACGGUUUUAAAAGCUGCAGCAGAAUGACCUGCGCGGGUCCUUCCUGCAAACCUUUCGUUCGAUUAAUUUACGCAUUGGGAGGUAGUGCACCAACAUUUAUCACGUUUUCAAUGGCAGCAUUUUGUUCUCAGUGGAAACGUACACAGCUGUAAGUUUCAUGUGAAUGCUAAUAAACUUUUUUUGUGCUAA